CUAUUCCGAGGCACCUAAUAUGCUCGAUGAAAUGCCUGAUCAAGAUUAUCCAUGUAAACGUUUACUCUAGGCUGUGGUACUCUGAGGUGAAAAUUCUAAAGCUAGAUCUUAGAGUUGUUUAUGAGUACAAUACUUUUCCGUAUUCUAAUCUAGAACUUUUUGGCACCAUUUUACAAGCUUCUGGGUUUUGGUUUUGAUUUUUGAAAAUUGUUAUGCUUUCUCACAAUUUCUUUACAACGGUUCAUUCUCUCUAAGGUAACGUUUGAAUUCUUAGACCACGUAAAGCACUUUUUUGUAUCCUAAUUUAAAACUUUUAGGCCUCAUUUUUAUAAACAUUUGGUUUUUGGUUUUGAUUUUUGAAAAUUGUUAUGUUUUCUCGCAAUUUCUUUACAAAUGUUUCAUCGCUUGUAAGCUAAAAUUUGAAUUCUUAGCAUAAUUUCAAAAGAAAAAACAAAUUUUGUAAAAACAAUUGUUUAUAUUUUCAAAAUUUGGUAUGGAUUUUGAAAAUAUUGAUGGAACAUGAAUAACAUAACCAAGGAACUCACAAGUGUAAGCAGUGUUUGUUUUUAAGGUUUCUUGUGUGGAUUGGGAGUUCUUGUAUGUUUUCCUUUGGGUUCCAUCGUCUCCUACUGAUAGGGAAACAAUGGACAUGAUGACUCUUCCUUCGCUUCUUCAAUCACCUAUUUCGUCUUGGGAGGAGAGAUGUGAGAGUCUAGAGCCCCAGUCCUUUGGACGGGUUUUCGUGUUUUCGAGGAAGAUGUUGUUGGUUGGGCCUUUUUGCUGUAUUCUGUGGAAGGUGGAGGAAGACUUUAGACAAUAUCUUUUGCGAUUGUGAGAUGGAGGCCUGUCUGCUCUGCACUACCGGUAACUCUUGCUUGGUUCUUCAAUCAUGGGCAAAGCUUCAAGAGAUAAGAGGGAUAUAUACUACCGUAAAGCAAAAGAAGAAGGUUGGCGUGCUAGAAGUGCAUUUAAACUUCUUCAGAUAGAUGAGGAAUUUAACAUAUUUGAAGGAGUCAAGAGAGUGGUAGAUUUAUGUGCAGCCCCCGGUAGCUGGAGCCAGGUCCUCAGUAGAAAAUUGUAUCUCCCAGCAAAGCUUUCUCCAGAUUUAAAGGAUGGCGAUCUUCCUCUUAUUGUUGCUAUUGAUUUACAGCCGAUGGCUCCAAUUGAAGGUGUUAUUGAAGUGCAGGGUGAUAUAACAAAUGCUAGGACAGCUGAAGUGGUCAUUAGGCAUUUUGAUGGGUGCAAGGCUGACCUGGUUGUUUGUGACGGUGCACCUGAUGUUACUGGUCUUCAUGACAUGGACGAGUUUGUUCAGUUCCAGCUCAUACUAGCUGGUUUAACAAUUGUUACGCACAUACUCAGAGAAGGUGGUAAGUUCAUAGCAAAGAUAUUCCGUGGAAAGGAUACCAGCCUUUUGUAUAGUCAGCUGAAGUUAUUUUUCCCUGUAGUGACUUUUGCAAAGCCAAAAAGCAGUCGGAACUCGAGUAUAGAGGCAUUUGCAGUUUGUGAGAACUAUUCUCCUCCCGAAGGUUUCAAUCCAAAAGAUCUGCAUCGCUUGCUGGAAAAGGUGGGAAGUCCGUCAGGAGGAGAUGACUUAGAUUGCAGUAGUGGAUGGCUGGAAGGUCCCAAUAAAGUUUACAUCCCAUUUCUUGCCUGUGGGGACCUCAGUGGAUAUGACUCCGACCGUUCAUAUCCACUGCCCAGAGGUGCUGAGGGAACUUAUCGGAGCUUAGAUCCUGUGCAGCCUCCUAUUGCCCCUCCAUACAAGAGGGCUCUCGAAAUGAAGAAAGCUUCCAGUCAAGGAAUUCGAGAACUUGAAAAACUUUCCUUGGAUUCCUGAUUAUGCUAUUCAAUGUUUUAGAUAACCAACAAAGUGGUUUGGAAUGGACCGGUAAUUAUUAGAAAAAGCAAUCAUUUCUCCCUCCUCUCCCCUCUCUCUCGUUUAAAGUGAUGACUACUCCCGCCUAUUUAUGUAAAAAAUGGCUGUGGAUCUUGAUUUCGAUUCUUUUAAUUUGAGAUACAUUAAAAUUA